AUAUUUAUAUUUAUAAACGUUUCAGAAAAGCAAAAAUAUAGAAAUGAAUGCCAAAAGGGAUGUAGAUGUUGAUGAAAUAUACUUGAUGAAUUGCCAACUUGACAAAGCUCCUGAUAUGAGUAAAUUCAAAAAUCUGAGACGACUCUACCUCAACAAAAAUAAAAUGUUUCUAGUCGGGGAAGGACUUCGUCAAAAUUUUAUAUUGACCGAAUUAUAUCUUCAAGAUAACAUGUUAACAACAAUCAACAGUGCAUUGCAACAUCUAACUUGUUUACGGAUAUUGUUAUUACAUCAUAAUCAACUCACUGCAGUAACUGACGUCAUAUAUGAACUGAGACACAUGAUGAAUUUAAAAGUGCUUAAUUUGUUUGGAAAUCCAUUGGCUCAGGAAUAUGAUUAUCGAGACUAUAUAAUUUACUCUGUUAAAUCGAUGGAACUAUUUGAUAGAAAAGCUAUCACUUCAGAUGAGCGAGACAAAAUUGCAAAAAAAUACGAUGUUCAUGAAAAAAAAAUCAAGGAUACGAUAGCUUUUGGUCGACGAGUUAAAGGUCCGCCUCCACGCCAACAAGAAAUGCUCAGUGGACAUCUUGACAACACCUCUGACCAAAAAAACAAGUAUGACAUUGAAAGACUCCAGAGGGAGGUAGAAGAAAAUAAAGAUAUUUGUAGCAGCAAAAACUCACUUGAAAAUGUGUAUGCGGCUGCAGUUGAAACUCGCGCCAAAAAAAGAUCCAUCAUGCAGUUCAAAACGUUUAGUUGGGUUGACAUACUAAAAGACCGCGAAGAAGCAUGUGACAAAGGAGUUGCAACAGACCCGAUUAUAUUUUCAGCGAAAUUUAGAUGAACUUAUUAAUAAGAUGUAAUUUUUCAAAAAUUAGCAUUUUAUUCUGAUUCACAUGUGACAAAAUCCAGUACUACGAAACAUUACUUCUCAAAAACUUGUUCUAAAUUCAAUCUGAUAUACCGGUUUCCAAACA